UGCCCUAUGCUGAAGCGGAACCUUGGCGGUCGGAAGCCAGGAGCCGAGCGGAAGGAGCUUCCUGCAUCCCAGUUCCGGGGGCGUUCUACGCAACCCCAAUAGCUUAGGUCAAGGCGGAAAUGCACCUUGCCCCUUUUUCCGCGCUAGGUACCCUGGGAGCAUAGCCGGUUUAGGUGUUUCAUCAUCUGAGGAAUCUGAGGCUGCUCUUCGUUGACCAACCCUCACGGCUUUCCGUGAGGACUGGAGGCCAAGGAGGAGCUUCCAGGCUCUCAUCUGGCCCCUGCCAGCUCCUCAGCGCCCUGGGCCCCAGGCACUGGCUCCUCAAAGCGGACGCUGCUGAGAGGGAAGAAGGUGAACGCAGGCUGGUGAGGGCUUCUGUGAGGUCAUCUGGAUAGACCAUCCACUGUCCACAAACAACAUCCAUCAGUUUCUUCACUUCUUGUUCUUGGAAUUCUUUGUUACAUCACUGAAUAAUGGAUGAGUCUGAGAGAGAAAAAGAGAAGAGGGAUGUACCUAAUGUAUCUGAAAAUAAAAAGAAGGACCGGUACAGUUCCUUUUUCAGAGAACUGCGUGCCAUAAUUCAAGCUCAUGGAUAUCCUGUAAAAGGAGACAGAUAUAAAACAUCACAGCGCACUACUGACCCUUCACGGAAGAAGGAAGGCAAAGUCAAUCCGGAAACCUCCAGAGACAUAUCUAAUUGGAUUCCAUCAUUUCAGAGCUAUGAAGACUUCAAGUGUAAGACACUACAAUCAUUAGAUGGCUUUAUGAUAAUACUGAGCCUAGAUGGAGUGAUAAUUUAUGUUGGUGGAAGCAUCACUUGUCUCCUUGGCCAUUUACCAGAUGAGAUUGUGGGUAAAAAAUUAUUAAGUCUUCUGCCUGAUCAUGAGAAAAGUGAAGUCCACCGAAAGAUUGCUCUCAAACUUCCUUCGUCAAGCUCAGUGGGAAAACAUACUGACUUUUGCUGUCAUAUAAAGAGAGGAAAUGAUAAACGUGGUAGUAACCCUACUUAUGAAUAUGUGAAAUUAAUUCUGACUUUAAAAGAUAUUUCAAAUGAGCCUUUGGUGCUCUUCAGUAGCUUCUUCCCCAGUCCCUCUUUUGCUGAAUCGUGUGGUACAUAUCUUCCUCUGGAGGAUCGGUUUUAUCUGGUCGGGUCCAUUUGUAUCCUCAGGACUCAGAUUCUACGGGACCUUUUCACUGUGGAGAAAGCUGGGGAAGAUAUUCAGCUGAUAAAUGACUCAGAUGAGGAACAUCUGUCUACAGAGUGCAGAAGUGUUCAAGGCCAAAUAAGAAUUUCUAGAAUGGAAUCCCUGUGUGCUGAACCUGCUGCUCCUGCCUCAGAUGAUCAAGUUGAUCUUAUAACAGUCAAGCAAUAUGGACUGCAGGAAUCUGUUCAUGAAAGUGGGAUAGAGUCUGCUACAUGUUAUGACUCCAGCAUAUCUUCCAUGGAAAGCAUACCGGAAUCAUCAGCUACAUCAUCUUUGCAGAGCUCUGAAUUUGAACCUGAGGUGGAACAGGUGGAUGAUAUGGAUGAGGUGCAACAGGUGGACGAGGUAGAAAAGAUGGGUCAGAUUGAUGAGAUGGAAGAGGUGGAACAAGUAGACAAAGAAGAAGAGGUGGAACGAGCGGAGGAGGUGGAGGAGGAGGACCAGCUAGACCAGGUGGAGCAGGAGGCCCUCUCAUCCUUCAGUGUGGCUGGUGGCAUCAGUGAUGAGCUAUUAGAACCACUACCGUCAAUUGCAUUGUACAUCAACAAACGGGAGCUGGGGCUGAUGAGGAAGUUUAGGGAGCAGCUGGAAGAAAAGACUCGGAUGCUGCAGGCUGAGAUCAGAAGCCUGCAAGACGCACUGGAAAUGAUGAAGGAGCAGCUUCGGAGAACAGAGGAUUCCAGCUUUCAGAUCAGAGGCCAGUUCCAUAUGCAGCCAACCACCUCACACCACCUUCACUGUCCUGAGCCCCAGUAUUUGGAGCCAGUGCCCAAGAAACUGCGCACUGAGCAAAUGGAGGGGCCCUUCCCAGAUUUCAAGGACACCAGCCUUUCCUGUGGUUCAUCUUACCGCUAUUUCAAAUUCCCUGAGGAGCUUGAGGAGCCUUGUGAUGCCUCCAACCAGCAGGUGCCAGCUACUGAAGUAGGAAGCCAGGGAUCUCCAGAUUCAGAGGCUUUCCAGGACCAUGAUGAAUUAACACCAGGCCAAAUCAACUAUUUCAUGUCUGCAGAACAGUCCAGCUUGGAUGAACACCAGUGGGAUUUUCAUACUGAACCUUGAGAGAAGAGGGACAGACAGACCAAUGAGGCCUGCAUGGCCAGGGGAACUCCAAAGCUUACAGAAUCCCCUGGAGUAGGGGUUGAAGAAUGGGGUGGGUACUUUCUUUUCUUUCUUGAUAAGUUCUGUUUGGGAUUGUUGAGCACAACCUGUUUCUUGGAAGUUGUGUUUCAGCAGCAUCCUGUGAUCCCUAGUGUGCUAAUAUGUGACAGUAGCCAGGCCACAGCAGGAGACCACUGUCCUCACCUACCCUGCUUGACCUUACACACACCUAUUCUACCAUGGGCAGGCAUGUUGCAGAGGCUGCAAGUUAGAAUACCUUUUUUCUGCCAAGAAACAUUUUCCAGCAUGGUGUGCAAUCUAGUAAGAAUCUGUUCUGUCUUAAGCCACAAGCCAAAGCCUUGGCCUUGAUGACCAGGCCCUGCAUCUCCUCCACAGUCAUGUUUGGGAAACCCAAGGGAAUGGCAUUCCAACUGUGGGAAGCUGCAAUCAGAUUAACACAGGCGCUUUGUACUGAAAUAAUCACAGUUCCAAUGCUUAAUAAAAAUUGUCUUUCGUUGCAA